AUGGGUUACGAUGACAUCUCCAAUGGCCAUGACGCCAGCAAGGUCCUAGAGGCUGAGGGUGAGAAGGAGAGGGUCUAUGCCGCCCCGCCGGCGUUUGAAGGGGACAUGCUUGGUGAGAUGAGCGAGGCUGAGCGCAACAUCUACGACCACGGUAUCAAGAAGUUUAGCCGACUGGGCUGGAAGCGACUCACCGUGGUGCUCAUCGUCGAGGCGAUUGCGCUGGGAAGUCUGUCCAUUCCUUCGACUUUUGCUGCUCUUGGAAUGGUGGCUGGUGUCAUCUGUUGUGUGGGGUUGGGUCUGGUGGCCAUCUAUACCAGCUACAUUGUCGGCCAGGUCAAACUUCUCUUCCCCCAGGUAGCUAACUACGCCGAUGCUGGUCGAUUGAUGUGGGGUCGGUUUGGGUACGAGCUGCUUAACGCGAUGCUGGCGCUCCAGCUUAUUUUUCUGACGGGAUCCCACUGUCUGACUGGAACGAUUGCUUUUAUGAACAUCACGGAGAGUGGAAUCUGCUCGGUUAUUUUCGCUGUGGUGUCGGCCAUCAUUCUUCUACUCCUUGCGAUUCCUCCGAGUUUUACCGAAGUCGCUAUUCUUGGCUACGUGGAUUUCGCUUCCAUUAUCAUCGCUAUUGGCAUUACCAUCAUCGGUACCGGCAUUGAAGCCACCAAUCAACCUGGCGGCCUCGCUGCGGUGCCUUGGUCCGCCUGGCCAAAACCCGACUUGACCUUCACAGAUGCUUUUAUUGCGGUAUCCAACAUCAUCUUCGCCUACAGCUUUGCUAUGUGUCAGUUCUCCUUCAUGGAUGAAAUGCACACACCACGUGAUUUCGUUAAGUCUAUCUGGACUCUCGGCAUCACCGAGAUCAUUGUCUAUACAUUGUCUGGUGCCUUGAUUUACGCAUUCGUGGGUCAAGAUGUCAAGAGCCCAGCUCUCACCUCCGCUGGAUCUCUGCUCAGCCGCAUUGCGUAUGGUGUCGCCCUGCCGGUUAUCUUCAUUAGUGGUUCGAUCAACACGGUUGUGUUUGGGCGCCUGGUGCAUGGUCGAAUUUUUGCCAAUUCCCCCAUCCGAUUCAUCAACACCAAAAUGGGCUGGAUCACCUGGUUGGCUGUUAUCGCUGCUGCCACCAUUAUUGCCUUUAUUAUCGCCGAAGUGAUUCCGUUCUUUAACGAUCUGCUGUCGAUUUCCUCUGCCCUCUUCAUCUCGGGCUUCACUUUUUAUUUUCCCGCCUUGAUGUGGUUUUUGCUCAUCCGCAAAGGUAGCUGGACUGAACCGAAGAAUCUCAUGUUGGGAAUUGUCAAUUUCGUCAUCUUGAUUAUCGGCCUGGUGAUCCUGGUGGCGGGAACCUACUCCAGCGUUGACGAUAUUAUAAAUAAUUAUAAGUCUGGCUCUGUCCGCGGCGUAUUCACCUGCGCUGCACCGGAGUAA